AUGUAUAAACAAUCCAGCGACUGUCCAGGUAAUCUUAAAUGGAGUACAACAGGAAUAACAAUCAUUGGGAAUGGUUAUGGUUCAGGUCCAGAUCAAUUACAAUUUCCUCAAGGUUUGUUCAUCGAACCCAAAACACAAAUUUUAUAUGUUGCUGAUGUUUCCAAUAAUCGUGUGCAACGCUAUCAAAAUGGUGAAAUAAAAACAGCUGCAGGUCAAGCUAAUGCUUCCAGUGGAUCAACAUCAGACAAACUAAACGGUCCACGAGAUGUUUUUGCAGAUGAAAAUGAGAAUGUUUUCGUUGUUGACGCAGGCAACCAACGAAUUCAAUUUUGGGAGAAAAAUGCUAAACAUGGAAAAACUGUUGCUGGGAAUGGAAGUGCCGGUUCAGCAUUAAAUGAAUUUAAUUAUCCAAUUAGAGUUUUGCUUGAUUCGAAGAAAAAUAUAAUCGUUGCCGAUUUUUAA